CCUGUUUAGGCAGUUUGCCUGUUACAUUUCUGAGUGAAUGUUGUGUAAAAGGUUGUUUUUUUCAUUAAAAAAUUUAAACCAGUUUAAAUACACAGCAUUGAGAUAAUUUUAAUGUAUUGUGCGGUGAAUGAUAUAACAUGGAAAUUGAGCAUGGUGUGCCUGUAAAAUUAAUCUUUUUCGCUCAAUCCAGAGAACUGGCUGGUGUUAGGCAGACAACCAUAAAUUUACCAACAAAAAUAGCAUAUCAACAGCUGUUGAAUUUGAUAGCUAAUAGGUACAAUUUGGAAUCUAUCAAAAACAAUAUAUUGUUGGCAAAGAACGAAGAAGUAAUAUCUGAUAACUGUGAUAUAGAACUAAGGGAAAGUGAUAAUAUUGCUGUGAUCCCACCGUUGAGCGGUGGCUAAUUACCUAAUAGAA